GGGGAAGCCCCCGCCCGUUGGGCUGUCCGGCCCGCAGCACGUGUGUGGCGAACCCAGGGGACCGAGCCGGCAGCGCGGAGCCUCCCCGCUCGGCGGCUGUGCGCGAUGGUGGCGGGGACCGAGGUGUGUGCUGGAGGUGCCGGGUGCCGGUGAGUGCUGCUGGCGCAGCCCCUGCAUGGCCCGGGGCAGGUAGAGCCGAGUGCCGGGCCGGCACAGCUGGCAUGGCCGGCCUGGGCAGAGCCGGCGGGCGCAGGAGGCUGUAGCGCGGCCGGCCGGCAGCGUUGCCAUGGCGUUCACGGUGGCGGAUUACACUGUCUUCGUGCUGCUGCUGGUGCUCUCCUCCGCCAUCGGGCUGUUCUACGCGCUGAGCGGCGGCCGGCAGCGCACGGUGCAGGAGUUCCUGCUGGCCAACCGCAGCAUGAGCUUUCUGCCCGUGGCCCUGUCCUUGCUGGCCACCUUCCAGUCAGCCGUGGCCAUCCUGGGCGUGCCGGCCGAGAUCUACCGCUUCGGCACCGAGUACUGGUUCCUGGGCUGCUGCUACUUCCUGGGCCUCCUGAUCCCGGCGCAUGUCUUCAUCCCUGUCUUCUACCGCCUCCACCUCACCAGCACCUACGAGUACCUGGAGCUGCGCUUUAACAAGGCUGUGCGUGUGUGUGGCACCGUGACCUUCAUCUUCCAGAUGGUGAUUUACAUGGGGGUCGUUCUCUAUGCGCCGGCGCUGGCUCUCAAUGCAGUGACUCAGUUUGACCUCUGGGGGGCGGUGCUGACCAUGGGCCUGGUCUGCACCCUGUACACCACCCUGGGCGGGCUGAAGGCCGUCAUAUGGACCGACGUUUUCCAGACGCUGGUGAUGUUCGCAGGGCAGCUGGCCGUCAUCGUGGUGGGCACCGUCAAGGUGGGCGGCAUGGGGCGGGUCUGGCAGCUGGCGGCUGAUCAGGGGAAGAUCUCUGGAAUCGACCUCAACCCCGACCCCUUUGAGCGUCACACCUUCUGGACCCUGGCCGUCGGGGGCGUCUUCAUGAUGCUGUCGCUGUACGGCGUGAACCAGGCCCAGGUGCAGCGCUACCUCAGCUCCCGCACCGAGCGGGAGGCUGUGCUCUCCUGUUACGCCGUCUUCCCCUGCCAGCAGGUGGUGCUCGGCCUCAGCUGCCUCACGGGCCUGGUCAUGUUUGCCUAUUACCAGGAGCAUCCGCUCACGGCAGCCCAGAGCCAGGCCUCCUCGGACCAGCUGGUUCUAUACUUCGUCAUGGACGUCCUGAAGGACCUGCCCGGCCUGCCCGGCCUCUUCGUCGCCUGCCUCUUCAGCGGCUCCCUGAGCACAAUUUCCUCGGCCUUCAACUCCCUGGCCACGGUGACCAUGGAGGACCUGAUCCACCCCUACUUCCCCGGCCUGCGGGAGUCCCGUGCCACACUGCUCUCCAAGCUGCUGGCUCUCAGUUAUGGCCUGCUCUGCCUGGGGAUGGCCUACCUCUCCUCCAUGAUGGGCCCCAUGUUGCAGGCUGCCAUCAGCAUCUUCGGCAUGGUGGGCGGCCCACUGCUGGGACUCUUCUGCCUCGGAAUGUUCUUCCCGUGUGCCAACCCCACCGGUGCGAUCACCGGGCUGGCAGCCGGGCUGGCCAUGGCCUUCUGGAUCGGCAUUGGGAGCCUGGUGUCCAACCUGCGGGCGGCCCCCUCGGCCCCACCGCUGUCCAACAUCACCGACUUCCCGCAGGCCAGCAACCUGAGCACGGCCAUCGCCACCACCCUGCUGACCUCGACCCCGGCCCCAAAGCGCCUCUCGGGGCUCCAGAAAUUCUACAGCCUGUCGUACAUGUGGUACAGCGCCCACAACUCCACCACCGUCAUCCUGGUGGGCCUGUUGGUCAGCCUGCUCACGGGUCCCACCAAGGGAGCGACCGUCAACCCUCGCACUAUCUACCCCGUGCUGCCCCGCCUGCUCUGCUGUCUGCCCCAGAGGUACCGGAAACGGCUGACCUGUGGGGUGGGCUGCUCCGCUGAGGACGGGAGCUGCGUGGAGCCGGCGCCCCAGGCCCCGGAGAAGACCGGCAAUGGGAUGCUGAAUGGCCCCAUCGGGGGCCUGGCCCGUGCAGAGGAGACGGAGGGCGAGGGCUUUGCCAGGGCCGAGGGCGCUCACACCUACAUCCUGCAGGAGACAUCGCUCUGAGCGGGGCCGCAGGCGGUAGAGCGGUAGCUGGUAUCCGGCCGCUGGGGGUGGAACACAAAGGCCCCUCUGAGAGCACUGGGCUCGGCCUGGGAAUGGCCCCACUGAGCGCGCACAGCGCAAGGGGGCUGUUCCCCUUUGGGGCGGGUUCCUGGCCCCCCUACCUGCUCCCUGCCUGUGGCUCUGGGCUCCACGCACACUCAGGCCGCAAAGCACCAAAUGACCCCCUGGGGUGACUGGCGCCCACCCUGCACUACAGGAGCCCGGCUGAUGGGGUCAGGCCCUAGCCUGGGACUGGGCUAGCCCUGCCUUGCUGGCCACUUGCCCACGCAUGCCCUGGAUGGCCCAGGAUUAACUGCUGUGAUGUGCCAAGCCUGGGGACAGGGUGAGACCCCACUGGUUCCCAGGCCCUGAGCUGGGCCUUGCACUGAUGCACCGGGCGAUGCUGUGAGGGGACCAGCCGGCCUCCCGCUGCGUGGGGCCAGGUGCCCAGGAUCAGGCCCUCGUUUCUAGGUGCACUAAUCCCCGCAGUCCG